AUGAGCCAUGACGCUACUCCCACCGCAGUCUCCGCUGCACCCCCAGACCUCCGCUACAUCCGCUAUGACGGCACACGCGAGGACGAAUAUGUCGCUGCCAUGCGGCAACUGAUCUCCAAGGACCUCUCCGAGCCGUACAGUAUCUACGUCUACCGGUAUUUCCUCUACCAAUGGGGCGAUCUUUGCUUCAUGGCCAUGGACGACACACUGCCAGACCCGAUGGUCGGGGUCGUAGUCUCGAAGCUGGAACCACACCGCGGCGGCCCAUUGCGGGGCUAUAUUGCCAUGUUGGCAGUGCGCGAGGAGCAUCGAGGUCGCGGGAUUGCAACGAAAUUGGUCAGAAUGGCGAUCGAUGCAAUGAUUGCGCGUGAUGCGGAUGAGAUCGCGCUCGAGACCGAAAUCACAAAUACGGCGGCUAUUAAGUUGUAUGAACGACUGGGGUUCCUGCGCAGUAAAAGAUUGCAUCGGUAUUAUUUGAACGGCAACUCGGCCUAUCGCUUGGUGCUAUAUCUCAAGGAAGGUGUGGGGUCUAUGCGGACGGCGUUCGAUCCGUACGGGCCCCCUGAUAUGUCUGGUCCAAUUGCCCCUCCGCCGCCAGCUUUGCUUCAUGGAAAUGGCAAUCAAUGAUGUAUGAGACGGAAUGGCAGUUUGCUUGUGAAUAACCUAUAGACUACGCAAUUACGACAAUAGAGAAUAUGAGUGAUG